AUGAACAGACGCUCGGCAUACUCAUGCUCAUGCUCUCCACCUUUUUCACACAAGCACCAUGCCUCGACGCAUCCCACCAGCAGUGCAUUCAGUGCCAGCGCGAACCCAGAUGAGGAUUGGACCAAGAUCACCGAUCUUGCUGAGCGAAGAAGAAUUCAGAACCGCAUCGCCCAAAGAAACUACAGUAUGCGUGAAUUAGACUGCUUGCUAUCACACAUGUCGCUAACAAACAUUCAAGGGAAGAAGCUGAAGAAGCGUCUCGAAGACCUGGAACGCCGUGCGGCCUCUAGCUCGUCUUCUCCAUCACCCGAAGUCAAAUACGUCGAUCUAGAUCUCACCAACCUAUCUGGCUUCAAGGCUUCUUCGCACAUGCCGCACGCCCAAGAGAACAACAAUGUCGACGGUCGUGGCCACACAUCCAACGAUUUCUACCCUUACUCACAGCCGCUCGACGACAAGAGAAUGUUCUCGUACCAACAUACUCGUCAGCUCUCCACAUCUCCACCACCAUUGUUCAGCUACCAGGCCUACCCGUCCAUCGAGCAUGGCCAAUUCGCUCCUUCAAUCUCGAGUUACAUGACGUAUCCUCUUCCCGUCUCUUCUUCAUGUAUGGUACCUCCCUCGACAAUGACCUACCAAACGAGCAUGUCGGCCAUCAUCAAGCCAGAGGUGUACGAAGAGGACGACAUGAACCCCUUCAGCCUGAGUUACGCUUCUAUGGCUGGCGUGGAUGUGACCAGCCAAUUCAGCUAUCAGGCACCUGCUGUUCACGUAAGUUUCCCUCCUACUAUCUCUCGGACACUCCGACUGACGACUCCAGCCAGNACUCCAGCCUUGUCAGAUAGCUUCGAACCUUCGACAACCAGCUCCCCUUCUUACGAUUACAUGACUUUUCCCCGCACACCCCUCUCACUACCUUUGACGCCACCCGUCAGGGUCCGAGAAGGCCCCAGGUGA